ACCUGAUAAAACACACAUGCUCUUUAAUGUCUUUAUUAAACACACCCAUUAAACUUAGAAAGUGAUGGUGGAGAAAAGACAUAGCAACACGAGGCUUUUGAGGUCACUAAAAGUAAACUGGAGUCGGGUGUUAGCAAACCUGGAGUCCGAUCAGUGAAACCAGAAUGGAGGUGUGCUUUAGAACUACCUUGACUUAUAAAAACACUCAAACAGUGUCAGUGUGCCAACCUGAAAGAAGGAACACCUUGUAUUUGACAUCAACUCAUGAGGCGGGUGCUGAUAGACACUGGAGAACCUGCUGUGCCUGACUACAUCAGCGGUCUGAAACAGGCACUGAAGCAGUUCAACACCAACAUCCAGGAGAUCAUCGUCACACACUGGCAUCUUGACCACACAGGAGGAGUGGAAGACAUUUGCAGGAACAUCACUGGUGAGGACAGUUCUGAUGUCAGAGUCAGCAAACUGCCUCGCUCCCCCAAAGUCACCGAGUCGGCAGGAGACAAGAACUAUACUUACCUAAAAGAUGGAGAUGUCAUCCAGACGGAGGGGGCCACACUCAAGGUGCUGUUUACCCCGGGCCACACUGAUGACCACAUGGCCUUGCUGCUGGAGGAGGAGCAGGCGCUCUUCUCUGGAGACUGCAUCCUGGGUGAGGGGACAGCCGUCUUCGAAGAUCUCUAUGACUACAUGAAAUCUCUGAAGAUCCUGCUGGAUUGUCAGGCUGACCUCAUCUACCCUGGUCACGGCCCCGUGGUUCAGGAUGCUGCCUCUAAGAUUAGACAUUAUAUAAGCCACCGGGACCAGCGAGAGCAGCAGAUCCUGGCGGCCAUUCGGGAUGGAGCAGGAAAGCCUUUCUCUUCCAUGGAGCUUGUCAAGAUUGUCUACAAGGACACCCCUGAACACCUGCACCAAGCAGCUAAUGUGAAUUUGGUCCAUCACUUAACGAAACUAGAGAAAGAAGGCAGGGUUUCUUUGGUGAAAGAGUCCUCAGAGAGCAUCAAAUGGAAGAGUAACCUGUGACAUCCACCACAACAGCAAUGAAAUGGACUCUGUUGGAUGAUUUGUCCAGAAUGAUAAAACUCUCUCUGAUCUACAGUUAAUUUUGUUCCAAUUGAAAGUGAACACCUUUCAGCAGAAUGUUUGUGCUAGAUUGCCUUUGGUCUGCUGAUUGACUAAAGUGUUCAUGGAAAAUAAGGGAUGUGGUUAGACUUGUUUUCUUGGAGGUUUCCUGACUCAAAGUGUACAUAACAAGACCAAGAACUGGACUUGACAGGAUUCAGCCCAUGUUGUAGUUUAACAAGGUUAAAUUUGUAUGAAGGUCAGUUGAUUUGUAUCUGUAAAGGUCCUUUAACUCAAGAAAAAAAAAAGUUUACUUUAGUUUAAGGAAAGGGUCUGAGAUUUAAGAGGUGAUAGAUGCGUGCGUGGUUUUCGCCAAACUUAAGUGUUAGAGACUAGAGAGUUAGUUUUGUCAAAGUGGUCUUCCCCAGGUGUCAGGACAUCACCAUGAUGGGUUUUUGUUCUCUCCCAGGAUAGUCUUUAUAUGUGUACUGGGCAGGAUUUUCAUGGAAAUGGAUUGGACAUGUUUUAUCUGGGAAGGGAAAAGAGUUUUUUUUUCUUCAGGCUCAUCUAUAUCCACAUGUAUGUAUGUGUAUGUGUAUGUGUGUAUAUAUAUGUGUGUGUAUACAAAUUGCCAUUUACAGAUUUUUAGUUGCUAUUCUUACUUAUAAACUUAGAAUACUACCCAAGUAUAGUUAGUUAAUUUCAGCAUGUCACACAUUUUUGGCUUGUCACUAGGUGGCAGUAUCUACUAAAUAAUUUCAUUGGGAAAUAACUUGCAUGGUAAAAUUGCAAUCUUUGUAGUUAUAACAUUACAAACCGAACAAAGAAUUAUUUAAAAUGUCUUAAAUUUGCUUCAGAUAUUUGUAAAGAAUGCCAUUUUGUUGGAAAGAUUACAUUCAAAAAAUACUAAAUGAUCUACAGUGAGUUAUUGUUGUGUUUUUGUGACCAUGA